AUCGAAAUACUUUACAUUCUUAUUUACUUAAUUUACUUUUUAGGCCAGUUGAAAAGAGUAACUCGAAGCGGAAACACAGAAAAAUUGUUUGUAAAAAUCUCGAUUCGAAAAAUAUCCCUACUUAACAUAACCACACAUACAUACAUACACAUUUGAUAGUAUUUUAAUUUAACUAUCAAGCCGUGUCGGGUCUCAUACACUUUACAAGCCGAAUAGGGAACUCGAAGCUGAAACACGGUCAAAUUGUUUGUAAAAGAAAUUCGAUUCGAAACAAAAAUGUUUCCGAAAAAAACACAAGCGAAAAAAUUCAAUUCUGUGCCAGAGACCAAUCCGGGAGUUUCAAGCAGAGAAUUUAUAGGCAUUCCGGAUAGAGAAUUUACGGCGACAACAGCAGUGGCGGACGCUGACAAGGCAAGAGAACAGGAUCAGCAAGCCCUUCUCGCUCCUACUGAAGAACCCCCGGUAACUGCAAUAAACUUAGUUCAAGUUAUUCGUCGUGAGAUUAACGACAUCCUGACGGGCGGCAGUUUCAAGCAUGAUCUGGCCGAGGAGAUGCUCCUUCUAAACAACUCGCAACAAGUCGGGGAAAGCAACGAGAGCAUGGCUCAACGUCUCUUACAACAAACCAACUACGUCAAGCUGGAUGACCUCAAGGACAUUGUUGACAAGCUGAUCUCGCGUAACGUCGUGCAAUCGGCUCUUUCCAAUUACAAUACAAAGUUUGCCGAGACCAUCAAGAUUUUAAAAGACCAUGGUGAACACCAGGCGGAGAUCCACAAACAGACUAUGUUGAAGCUUCAGGAUCAACUCGACAUGCUGAGGGGUCGAAUCGACACUUUGGAGCACGUAACCCACCAAAUGCAAAAGUUCAAUAUUGACAAACAGGUGGAGCGUGCGGUACAGGAAUUAGGCCUGGCCAUAGCGCCAACCUCAUCCGCAACCAAGCAAGGCGUCAAACCCCCACCACCGCCACCACCCAUGCAGCAAUCAUCUGCUAAGAUCAAGGCCAAGCCCAAAUCAAGGUCAGCUGUAGCGCUACCCCGUUCCCGCAAAACCUCUGUGGUUCAUCUACCACCUCCAAGCACUUUUCAAAGCAGUGACACUGAGAGCGAGAAUUUGGUAGUACCCAGUGCUGCGCAGAAUGUUAUGCAACAAGAGGAUAAGAUUCGGGCCUACGACGAGUUGAUACGCAAAUAUGAUCGCCAAAUGACAUUGGUCUCUUCGAGCGGCACCAUCACUCAAACACGCCUGACUCCAAGCAUUACCGGCUUACUGGACGCGGCUCAAACCAAGGCGACUGUCCCUACUGUCGCACCCAAGCGCCAUGAAGAACAACCACUGGACACGGCUAGGCGCGAACAAAGUGCCCAUGAUAGACAGCAGCGAGAUAAAUUCGAGAGACAUGCGGCCGAGCAGCGUCUGUUUGAGACAAAUCUGCUUAUGUAUCAUAAGUCGCCGUUCACAAUGCAACUGAACAGCCGGAAGGAUAGUUUUCCUAAUGCCCUUAGGGAUCAGCUAAUGGUGCCGCAACAACCCCAAAGACGUGCACGUGCUCCAGGCGGGAGCGCCAGUCAACGUUCGACAUCCACACAAAGCGCUCGGCAAGGCAUGCAACGCCAUCGCCCGAGCCAGAGCCAUCAGUCCUCAGUUCAGCAACAGCGCUAUCCUCGCCCAUCGGAUGGCUCAUCUGAUUGGCUCUUUGAGCAGUAAUGUAUGGAAUUUUCUGUAUGGUUUCUGCACACUUCAAAGUUAACUCUUCACACAAUCAUGUAGUUUUCAGUUAUUCUUGUUCAUUAAUCUAUCUUUAAAUUACUGUUUAAAAAUCCCAUUUGUCGCAUUCUCAUUGAAACUACUACUACUAUGUAUGCGUAAACAAAUGAUGCACCAAUAAAGAAAAAAUCAUGCCGUCCCCCCAA